UCGGCACGGUAAAAACAACAACGGGAAAUUACGAAAAUACCGCCAGAAAUAAAUAUAAAUAAAAUAUUUAUAAUUAACGUAUAUUGUUUCGGACUCUGAUGUUUUUUGUGACUUUCGUAACAAACAAAAAUAAUAAUGAAAAGUGCUUCCGGUGGAACAUGUUUAAUCACAGCCUUUAAUAUAAGUUGUCUUGUGUUUAGCUGUGCGACUUGCAAGAAAUAACUCACAACAAAAGUUACUUGAGUGAUUGUUUAUAGUGUUGUUAAUAUUAUUUACAAUUCAAAAUGAAAUAAAAACAUAAAGUGAACAACAAUUAUCUGUGUGGAAAUACUACGAGCAAAUAGCUAACAAAUGGAAUACUGUAUUCAGUAAAUAAAUCAAAUUGGAUUAUCGCCUAGCUGCUGGGAACUUGCCACCAACCACCAAGAUGAUGACCUUGCCGAAGUUCGGCUGGUUCCACUUUCUCCAGCUUCCUUUGCACCGAUCGACGUGAAACCCCCACGGAGUUCCAUACAGCGGAAACCACCCAAUCAAUGCGCCAGCCCACUGCCAUUAGUAGUCAUAUGUACAUCAGUUAUAGACAUAGAUAUACCGUAAAUAUAUAUAUAUAAAUAUAUAUAUAUAUAUAUACAUAUAGAUUUGGCCCUGCGUCUUGUUCUUCGUGAUUUCGUCGCUGUCAGCGUUCGACGCCGACUGAGACGAGAGCAGCGAAGCAACGAGAGCACAGCGAAAGCCUCACCACGGACGCAUUUAUGGAUGCGGGCGGCCUGCCAGUCUUCCAAGCCAGCCAAGCCAGCCAAGCAGCCGCAGCCGUCGCCCAGCAACAACAGCAACAGCAGCAGCAGCAUCAGCAUUUGAAUCUCCAACUGCAUCAGCAGCAUUUGGGCCUACACCUGCAACAGCAACAGCAACUGCAACUGCAACACAAUGCACAGGCGCAGCAACAGCAGCAGAUACAAGUGCAACAGCAACAACAGCAGCAGCACUCUCCCUACAAUGCCAACCUGGGAGCAACAGGCGGCAUUGUCGGCGGCCAUGUUGCUGGCGGAAACGGAACUGGCGGCCCUCCAAAUCCAGGAGUCAGCCUUGGACCAAACAGCGGGGGCGGCCCAUCGCCUAGCGAUUCCCUUCCUCCCAAGCGACAACCCAUUGUGGACCGAUUACGACGCCGCAUGGAGAACUAUCGACGAAGACAGACAGACUGCGUGCCGCGAUACGAGCAGGCCUUCAGCACCGUCUGCGAGCAGCAGAACCAGGAGACCACGGCCCUGCAGAAGCGCUUCCUUGAGAGCAAGAAUAAGCGGGCGGCCAAGAAGACCGACAAGAAGCUGCCCGAUCCCCAGCAACAUCAGCAGCAGCAACAGCAUCAGCAACAACAUCAGCAGCAUCAGCAUCAACAGGCGGCACAGACGAUGUUAGCCGGACAACUGCAGAGCAGUGUUCAUGUGCAACAAAAAUUCCUUAAACGACCAGCGGAGGAUGUUGAUAAUGGCGCCGAGAACUUUGAGCCGCCGCAUAAGUUGCCCAACAACAACAACAACAAUAGCAACAGCAACAACAACAACGGCUCGAAUGCCAACAACAAUGGGAACAACAACGGCAACAGCGGCAGCAACAACACCGGCAACAGUGGCAACAGCAACAACAACAACGGCUCUGAAAAUCUAACAAAAUUCUCAGUGGAAAUCGUCCAGCAGCUGGAGUUCACGACCUCUGCGGCCAAUUCGCAGCCGCAGCAGAUCAGCACGAAUGUCACAGUGAAGGCCUUGACCAACACCUCGGUGAAAAGCGAACCCGGAGUGGGCGGUGGCGGCGGUGGUGGUGGAAACGGAGGCGGCGGCAACAGCGGCGGUGGUGGCAACAACAACGGAAGCGAUCAGCAGCAGCAGCAACAACAUCAUCCGCAGCAACAUCAACACCAGCAACAACAGCAGCAGCAGCAACAUCAACACCAGCACCAACAAGGCAGCGGACUGGGUGGCCUCGGCAAUAAUGGGCGUGGCGGGGGUCCUGGCGGAAUGGCCCAGGGACCCGGCGGCGGUGGACUCGGUGGCCUUGGAGUUGGCGUCGGAAUGGGCAUGGGACCCAACAUGAUGUCCGCGCAACAGAAGUCGGCCCUUGGCAAUUUGGCCAAUUUAGUGGAGUGCAAGCGGGAACCCGACCACGACUUCCCCGACCUAGGCUCGUUGGACAAGGACGGGGGCAAUGGGCAGUUUCCCGGCUUUCCCGAUCUCCUGGGCGAUGACAACUCGGAGAACAACGACACCUUUAAGGAUCUCAUCAACAAUUUGCAGGACUUCAAUCCCAGCUUCCUCGACGGCUUCGACGAGAAGCCGCUGCUGGACAUCAAGACGGAGGACGGCAUCAAGGUGGAGCCCCCGAAUGCCCAGGACCUUAUCAACAGCCUGAAUGUGAAGUCCGAGGGCGGUCUGGGCCAUGGCUUUGGUGGCUUCGGCGUCGGAAUGGGCAUGGAUAAUCAGGCCAUGAAGAUGCGCGGCGCUGGUGGUGGUGGCGGCGGCGGCUUCCCUAAUGGCCCCAACGGUGGCGUGGUUGGUGCAGGAGGCGGACAAGCCUCUGGUGGCGGAAAUCUUAUGUCGGAGCAUCCGCUGGCCGCCCAGACUCUCAAGCAAAUGGCCGAGCAGCAUCAGCACAAGAGCGCUAUGGGCGGCAUGGGCGGCUUUCCCCGUCCUCCGCAUGGCAUGCAACCGCAGCAGCAGCAGCAGCAGCAGGCACAGCAGCAACAGCAACAACAGCAGCAGCAGCAGCAGGCCCAGCAGCAGCAGCAUGGCCAGAUGAUGGGUGGUCCUGGCCAGGGUCAGCCCGGACGCUACAACGACUAUGGGGGCGGCUUCCCCAACGACUUUGGCCUGGGUCCCAAUGCACCGCAGCAGCAGCCCCAGCAGCAGCAUCUGCCGCCGCAGUUCCACCAGAAGGGUCCAGGGCCAGGGGCCGGUCCUGGUCCUGGCAUGAAUGUCCAACAAAACUUCCUAGACAUCAAGCAGGAGCUCUUUUAUUCCUCUCAAAACGAUUUCGAUCUCAAGCGUCUGCAGCAGCAGCAGGCCAUGCAACAGCAGCAACAGCAACAUCACCAGCAGCAGCAGCAGCAGCAACAGCAGCAUCCCAACCAGAAUGGCCCCAAAAUGGGUGGCCUGCCAAACUUCAGCAAGCAGCAACAGCAGCAGCAACAGGUGCCACAACAACAGCAGCAGCAAUUGCAGCAGCAACAGCAGUACUCGCCUUUCAGCAACCAAAAUGCAAAUGCGGCAGCCGCCGCCGCCGCCGCCGCUGCCAACUUCCUCAACUGUCCGCCUCGUGGCGGUCCCAAUGGCAACCAGCAGCCCGGCAAUCUGCCCCAGCAGCAACAGCAACAGCAGCAGCAGCAGCCGGGUGGCGGCCCACAGGGUGGUCCCCAGCAGCAACAGCAGCAGCGUGGCGGCAAUGGAGGGCAGCAGAACAAUCCCAAUGCGGGUCCUGGUGGCAAUGCGGCGCAGCAGCAGCAACCGACUACAACAACGCUGCAGAUGAAGCAGACGCAGCAGCUGCACAUCAGCCAGCAGGGUGGAGGAGCGCACGGCAUUCAGGUGUCGGCUGGUCAGCAUCUGCAUCUGAGUGGCGACAUGAAGAGCAAUGUCUCCGUGGCCUCCCAACAAGGAGUCUUCUUCAGCCAGCAGCAGGCCCAGCAGCAACAGCAACAGCAACAGCAGCCUGGCAAUGGCGGACCCAAUCCCCAGCAGCAGCAGCAGCAACCGCAUAGCGGAAAUGCUGGAGCUGGGGUGGGCGUUGGCGUUGGCGUUGGCGUUGGAGUGGGCGUGGGGGUGGGCAAUGGCGGGCCCAAUUCCGGACAGCAGCAGCAGCAGCAACCAAAUCAAAAUAUGAGCAACGCAAACGUACCCUCCGAUGGCUUCUCGCUCUCCCAAAGCCAAAGCAUGAGCUUCAGCCAGCAGCAGCAGCAACAGCAGCAGCAGCAACAGCAACAGCAACAACAACAGGCGGCAGCCCAGCAGCAGCAGGUGCCACCCAACAUGCGGCAACGGCAGACACAGGCGCAAGCGGCAGCUGCAGCAGCGGCGGCGGCAGCAGCACAGGCGCAGGCAGCGGCAAAUGCCAACGGACCCAAUGUCCCGCUCAUGCAACAGGGACCCCAAGGUCAGGGCGUGGGCGUUGGGGUAGGUGUCGGAGUGGGCGUGGGCAAUGGCGGCGGUGGCGGCAUGCCCAGCAAUGGGCCCACCGGUGGACCCAGCAAUGGUGCAAUGAAUCAGAUGGGAGGACCGAUGGGCGGCAUGCCGGGCAUGCAGAUGGGCGGACCCAUGAACCCCAUGCAGAUGAACCCGAAUGCGGCUGGCCCCAAUGCCCAGAUGAUGAUGGGCGGUGGCGGAGGUGGAGUGGCGCCAGGUGGUCCGGGGCCCAACCAGGCCAAGUUCCUGCAGCAGCAGCAGAUGAUGCGAGCCCAGGCCAUGCAGCAGCAGCAGCAGCACAUGUCCGGCGCGCGUCCGCCUCCGCCGGAGUACAAUGCCACCAAAGCGCAGCUGAUGCAGGCCCAGAUGAUGCAGCAAACGGUGGGUGGCGGCGGUGUCGGCGGAGUUGGCGGAGUUGGCGGAGUCGGAGGAGUGGGCGGUGGAGGCGGAAACGGCGGUGGGCGCUUCCCCAACAGCGCUGCCCAGGCGGCGGCCAUGCGCCGCAUGACACAGCAGCCGAUCCCUCCCUCCGGACCAAUGAUGCGGCCCCAGCACGCGGCCAUGUACAUGCAGCAGCACGGCGUAGCUGGCGGCGGUCCACGUGGCGGAAUGGGAGGCCCGUACGGCGGCGGGGCAGGCGGACCCAUGGGUGGACCCCAGCAGCGGCCACCCAAUGUCCAAGUGACGCCCGACGGCAUGCCCAUGGGAUCGCAGCAGGAAUGGCGGCACAUGAUGAUGUCCCAGCAGCAGUCGCAGAUGGGCUUCGGUGGCCCCGGACCCGGCGGCCCCAUGCGACAGGGCCCAGGCGGUUUCAAUAGUGGGAACUUCAUGCCCAACGGAGCCCCCAAUGCGCCUGGUAGCGGGCCCAAUGGCGGCGGCGGCGGCAUGAUGUCCGGCCCGAAUGUGCCGCAAAUGCAGCUGACUCCAGCACAGAUGCAGCAGCAACUGAUGCGCCAGCAACAGCAGCACAUGGGUCCCGGUGGCGGCGGCAAUAUGCAGAUGCAACAGCUCCUGCAGCAGCAGCAGUCGGCGGCCGGUGGCGGCAACAUGAUGGCCAGCCAGAUUCAGAUGUCCAGCAUGCACAUGACCCAGACGCAGCAGCAGAUCACCAUGCAGCAGCAGCAGCAGUUUGUCCAGAGCACCACCACGACCACGCACCAGCAGCAACAGUUGCUGCAGAUGCAGAGUCAGGCUCAGGGACAAGGCGGCGGACCGGGAUCGGCAAGCAACAACAAUGGCGGUGGCGUCGGCGUUGGCGUCGGCGUCGGCGUCGGUGCCGGUGGGGUGGGAGCGGGUGGUGGCAAUGCAUCCAGCACGAUUGCCAGCGCUAGCUCGAUAAGCCAGACGAUCAACUCGGUGGUGGCCAACUCGAAUGACUUGUGUCUCGAAUUCCUUGACAACCUGCCCGUGGAUAGCAAUUUCUCCACGCAGGAUCUGAUCAACUCCCUCGACAACGACAACUUUAAUCUGCAGGACUUCAAUAUGCCGUAGAUUCGUUGAAGUAGUCUCUACCAUCCACCAGCACCACAUGCACCACCACCACCACCACAUUGUUGCCUCAGUUUUGUUCACAAUUUUUGUUUUGUUGCCUAUUGUUGUUAUUGGUCUAGGCCAGCCCCAUCCAGUCCCAUCCCAAACCGAACCGAACCGAACCCGCCCCAGGCCCAUGCCCAUGCCCAUGCCCAUGCCAAUGCCAAUGCCCCGUCCCUGCCAAUGAAGUUAUUUUGUUCGUUAAUUGUGUGUGUGAAUUUAUACCUAACCCACUCGUGCGGGUGUACGAGGAUCCCUAAGCUAAGUUUGUUCGUCUAUGUACUAUAAUUUCUAGUUUCCCGCUGGCUCCUCUGUAACGCAUCGCAUCAUAUCGUAUCCGAGCUGUCCAAGGUCCAAGGUGCAGGGCGUGCAGACGCUGGGCGUGGCAGCGGCUAGGGCUCGCAACACAUUCCAUAUACAUAACCAAAUGCCAGGCCAUUAACUGAGGAAAAUCAAAAAGUAUUCACAAGUACUUUAAAAUCAACCAAUAUACACGCCACCACAAAAUCUGAAAACUUAAGCACUUGUACUUAAUGCAAAUGUUUGUGCCACGCCCAGUAGGUAGUGCGUAGUGCGCCGCCCCCCACUUGAAUUGAUUACUUAAGCAAAAGCCACAAGAAAAAAUAACAAAGAACAAAGAACUUAAAACU